AAUACAAUUGUACUCUUUCAGGUACAUGCGUGUCUCCCUUGAAACUCUUCCCAAAAGAAGGAACGCAUGACCAUCUCAAUGCGAAAAACGCUGGAGUGCGGGUACGAAAAUUAUCUACUAGUCUGCGGUACCUCAGGGUACUUUUGCUACAGGGCAUCUCUCCAGCCAGUACAAUUACAUAUUUGACCCACCUCCUUCUUUUUCCCACACCCUUCGACCCCGUUCUUGACCUUCAAUUUCUAUUAUUACUUAUUAACUAGAUUCUUUCUCUCGUCGUCACCAUCAACCUUCUAUCCUCAUUUUCUUGUUCUCGCGACAAAAACCAAUCCGUUCUUUUUUCAUCGUCCACUCCUGAGGAGCAAACAAAACCCAAGAAAUCCGCAAUCCAGAUUUUACCAGUCAAAUCACUCCAAGAUGGCCAGCCACGAUUACUAUCAGCAGGGUCCUCCUCAAGGCUAUGGUGGUUACCCGCAACAGCCUCAACCGGCCUAUGGUCCCCCCCCCGGCCAAUACUACGGACCGCCCCAGGGUCAACCUCAGAUGCAAUAUCAGCAACAACCCCCUCCCCAGGAGCGAAAGUCCGGCGGAGGUGGUUGCCUUCAGGGUUGUCUAGCGGCGCUGUGCUGCUGCUUCGUCUGUGAAGAGGGUUGCGAGUGCUGUGCCGACUGCUGCGAAUGCUGCUUCGAGAUGUGCUAAGGAACUCCCUUAGCGAAGCCGAUAUGAUAAUGAUGCCUAGAGCAACGAGAAGGGAUCGGCUAUUUCGGAGGAGUCUGUUUCUUAGGGGGAGAGUCGGAUAAUAUUGCCCAUUGUGGGCUAUCACCUCGACGGUACACUUCGACCUCGUAGGAAAUGAAAGGGAAAAAUUCGAUACGGUGAUGAAGCUUCCGCGAAGGGGUGAUAUUACCUAGGAAAUCGCUGGCGUCUAUUUUCAGAUGUAUUGAGUUUUCCAGCUUAAGGGGUAUACAAAUCGGACUUUCGAGGCGAUCAGUUUAUAUGACGAUACUGGACGAACUCGUUUUGGUUUCAUGACAUAGGGACGGGGCUUGGGAUGCUCGCUCGUCUUUGCUUAUACAACGUUUUUUUCUUCUGUUGGGAAAUACCUCUCAAAUGCUUUUUGAAGAUAUCCAUGAGUGUGAUAGUAAUUUGUAAAGUGAUGUCUAUUAUAUUCAUGGAUCGUUACCUAUUUUAUACGCCAACCUCGUUGCAACAAACCACUGUGGCCCGCAUGAUGCUAUCUCAAUAUCACUUACCCAAGUGACCCUACUUGAUUUUCGACAUCAUCGAUCAGUUCAUGAAGUAUGUGUAUACGAGAAAGCAGGUAUAUCGUGUAAUCACACACUAACACCUUACUCAUUACCGGCAUAUAGAUACUCACACAGCAUAUCAGGCAGGUACUUGACAUGGAAUAUGUAGUGGAUUCUCUAGUCAUUUA